GGAGAGAGAGAACAGGGUGACUGAGGAGAGGAGAGGGUGGAAGACUCGGUGUCCAUUCUGAGAUUCUUUGAGCUUUUCUCUCUUCUUAUCAUUCUGUCCUGAAGCAACUCCCUUCUCUCCCCUCUCUCUCUCUCUGUCUCUCUUUCUAACCCUCUGUCCCAUAUGGCUGCCUCUCCUUCAUCUCUGGAGGAGGACUUGACAUGCAGCGUGUGCUGCGACAUCUUCCAGGAGCCUGUGUUGCUGGGCUGUGGUCACAGCUUCUGCUGGGAGUGCUUGAGCCUCCACUGGAGGUCCAGCCCAGGACGCUGCUGCCCCGUCUGCCAAGGCCCCUCAUCCCAGCCACCCGUCCUCAACACCAGCCUGAGGAGCACCUGCGAGUCCUUCCUGCAACAACAGCAGCAGCAGCAGCAGCAUAAACAACAGCAGCAGCAGCAACAACAACAACAGCAGCAGCAGCAGCAUAAACAACAGCAGCAGCAGCAACAACAACAGCAACAGCAGCAGCAGCAUAAACAACAGCAGCAGCAACAACAACAACAACAACAGCAGCAGCAGCAGCAGAAACAACAGCAACAGCAGCAUAAACAACAGCAGCAGCAGCAACAACAGCAACAGCAGCAGCAGCCAAAACAACAGCAACAGCAACAACAGCAACAACAACAACAACGACAGCAGCAGCAGCAACAACAACAGCAACAGCAGCAACAGCAGCAGCAGCAGCAGAAACAACAGCAACAACAACAGCAGCAGCAGCAACAACAACAGCAACAGCAGCAGCAGCAGCAGAAACAACAGCAGCAACAGCAGCAACAACAACAACAACAACAACAACAACAACAACAACAACAACAGCAGCAGCAGCAUAAACAACAGCAGCAGCAGCAACAACAACAGCAACAGCAGCAGCAGCAUAAACAACAGCAGCAGCAGCAGAAACAACAGCAACAGCAGCAGCAGCAACAACAACAACAGCAACAACAGCAACAACAACAACAACAACAGCAGCAGCAGCAACAACAGCAGAAAGAUGCCGAGGCCCAGAGAAUAAAGAAGAAGAAAGAGGAGGAAGAGGAGAGGGCCUGGCUGUGCUCUUUGCACGGCCAGAGGCUGGCGUUUUUCUGUGAGAUGGACGAGCAGCCCGUGUGCACACAGUGUAAGAUCAGCGGGCACAGGGGCCACCGUAUAGUAACGGUGCAGACAGCACUGAAGGAACGCAAGGCCAAACUGUCAACAGCAAUCAGACCUCUGAAACAGACACUGGAUUUGCUCAAAAGUGGCUCCAAUAAUAAUGCUAAGAGCCAAAUUGAGGACACAAAGAGGAAGAUGAAGAAGGACUUUGAGGAGCUCCAUAAGUUCCUAUUGGACGAGGAGGCGGCCAGACUGAGCGCGCUCACACAGGAGGCGGAGUCCCGCAGCACAGUCGGGAAGGCCGAGACUGACGGACAGAUCAGCAACCUGGAAACGGAAUCACGGAAAUGGAAAGACCUGAACAGAAAGACGGAGAUAAAAGAUGCCCUCAGAUUCCUGCAGGACUUUGACUCUAUCCUGUUGCAAGCACAGAGCUCUGAGCCAGAGUCUGCACUUCCAGCGUUUUCAGGCUCGUCAGCUCCAGCGACACAGCGUAUCGAUGUGACCAAACACGUGGGGAAUCUGAAAUUCAGAGUCUGGGAGAAGAUGAAGGAGAUAGCACCAUACUGCAAGUGUUCCUACCCAGUGACCCUGAACCCAAAUGCACCCCUCCGCUUCCUGUCUCUGUCGGAUGACCUGGCCGGUGUCAGCAGGGUGGACAACAAGUGGCCCCUCUUCUCGGUGCCGGGGUCAGAGGGCAUCGCCGACAACAACUUCCACUCGUGGGACGUCGACGUGGGAGAUGAGGAUGCAGAGUGGAUGCUGGGACUGACGAUCUAUCGACUGAGUCUCAGACACUCUUCCCUUUCGCCAGAGGGAUACUUCUGUGCCAUCCGGAAAUUAGGUGGUGAGUUCCAGGCCCUGACUGCGGUCACAUCCGUGACUGGGCUGCACUUGACCAGGAGACCCUGUGUGGUGCGGGUGCAGCUAUGGCGACCUUUGACCCUGAGGGAUCCACCCACCCGGAGUUUGAGGCUUCUGGACGCCCAGACUGGCACAGAGAUUCAUACGUUCAACGACGUCCCGUGCCAGGUGCCCGUCUACCCGUUCCUCCUCCCCACAAAGACGUCGUCCCCGCUCAGGCUGAUGCCAGCGGAGGUGACCGUGAUGGUGAAAGAGGAGGCGAGCUUCAUGCAGAAACAUGCCAACACAUUUACCACCAUUGCCACCACAUGCAAGACCGUUGCCACCACAUGUAUGGCCAUUGCCACCACAGUCUGGACCUUUGCCACCACAUUCAUAACUUUCAUUAAGAAUUCCUUAAUGGAUGAACACGCUCACUAGCUAGCUCAAAGCUAAGUUCAUGCAGAUAGAAAGAUGUUUGUGUUAUGGUUCACAAGGUAAACAGAUUCUUUUUUUAAUGGUGUAAUAUGCAAGAGAAAUAGGUUUCGUAGAAGGUUAGCGUGGCUGGAUUGAUACAGGCUCUCAUAAGACUACAUAUCCUAUUCAACUUUUUUCUGUGCUCAAAACUGUUUCAAAAUAAAAGUCCAAAAUAAAAGACCGAUAAACAUGAAAGGCAGAGCUAGAAUUGCAUGUAUGUCCCUCCUUGGCUAAUGUUUUCUAAAGAUGUCGCCAUGCAGCCAAAUCGCUCGUAUGUAUUCUGAAUGGCAGAUUAUACGCUUACCAGAAUACUUUGAUUUGUUGGUGGAAAUAAUUACACAUGAAUGAGCACAUAUUUUUGGAAGAAAACAUUUUAUGCUAAGAAUUGACCCAAAAAAACUGCAGAAUGUGCACAAUGCUUCAAACACAUUUAAAACAAUCUACCUAUCAGCAUCAGCAUCAAUUUAACUACUAUCUGUCUAUCAACAAAUAUUAAAUUGCCUUUCUAUGAACAACUUUUAAACUAUCCAUAUUCAACUUUUAAACCGUCUACUUUUACAUGAUCAACUUUCAUUACACUAUGCAACCACCAUGUCUACCCUAGCAACACCUUAGUAACCAUAUUUACAUUAUCUGUUUAAACUACAGUAGCCUGCCUAGCGAAUUCCGCCGGGUUGGUCUGAUCAGCUACGGGACUGUGCAACAUCUAUUGCCCUGGGACCUUUCUCGGCCGUCUACUGAUGCAGUCAAUUUGGACUAAGUUGGCGUGGACUUUUCUCAUUUUGUUUGCUUUUAUUAUUUAUUUAUUUGAUUUGUGUUUGUUUGUCUGUCUUACAUGUCUUGGUGUCACGGGUACGCUGGCGAUUACGCCACUCCGUCCGGCAUCUUGUGUUUUGUUAUUUUGUGAAUUUGUUUGUUGUGUUGUCAUGGGUACGCUGGCGACUACGCCACUCCGUUUCGGCACU